UCUUAAACACAGCGACACCGGCAGCAGUCAACGCUGCCACUCUCAAAAGGCACCUGGCACUUUUUUUUAGAUGAUCCCACCCAUAUUCCCGAUAAGCAAGCGCAGAGAACGCGUAAAUAGCGAAGCGGUUUUGACUACUGAAAAGUUGAGCGAGUGGCACACAUCAGUGCCCGCCGUGGACUUUUGAUUAUUGCUCGCCACUACAAAAUCGGAAGGACUUACUAUAAACUCGGCAUACCGCAAAAAAAAAAAGAAAACUAAUGACUCUGAUCAACAAGCUUAUCGUGCUGGUGCUUUGAGCACGUAACAAACCUGAUUCGAAAACACUAACAUCACCUUUUUUUCUUUUAAAUAGCUUACUUUCUUCUCUAAAAUUGGCUCCUGUACAAACAGCCGCGUUGGAUCCUUCGGCGUACUGCGAGACUCCGGUAUACAACCCGGAUCUCUGCCCGAAUAUGAUAGCCGCUCAGGCAAAGUUGGUGUAUCACCUGAACAAAUACUACAACGAGAAAUGCCAGUCUCGGAAAGCGGCGAUCUCCAAGACGAUCAGGGAGGUGUGCAAGGUGGUGUCGGACGUCCUGAAGGAGGUUGAGGUGCAGGAGCCCCGAUUCAUUAGCUCCCUGAACGAAAUGGAAAACCGAUUUGAAGGUCUGGAGGUGAUUUCGCCGACCGAAUUCGAGGUGGUUCUCUACCUAAAUCAGAUGGGGGUGUUUAACUUCGUGGACGACGGCUCGCUGCCAGGCUGCGCUGUGUUGAAGCUCAGCGACGGUCGCAAGAGGAGUAUGUCCCUCUGGGUAGAGUUCAUCACAGCCUCUGGGUAUCUCUCGGCCCGCAAAAUCAGAUCGCGCUUUCAGACACUGGUGGCACAGGCGGUGGAUAAGUGCAGCUACAGAGAUGUGGUAAAGAUGGUCGCAGACACCAGCGAAGUGAAACUGCGCAUCAGAGACAGAUACGUAGUUCAAAUCACUCCGGCAUUCAAGUGCACUGGGAUAUGGCCGCGGAGCGCGGCGCACUGGCCCCUGCCGCACAUUCCCUGGCCGGGACCAAACAGAGUUGCAGAGGUCAAAGCCGAAGGUUUUAACCUUUUAUCUAAGGAAUGCUACUCUCUAAACGGGAAGCAAAGCUCGGCAGAGAGCGACGCCUGGGUUUUACAGUUCGCGGAGGCGGAGAACCGACUUCUCUUAGGAGGCUGCAGGAAGAAAUGCCUGUCCGUCCUGAAGACAUUGCGGGACCGUCACCUUGAACUCCCGGGACAGCCGCUCAACAACUACCACAUGAAAACUUUGGUCUCCUACGAGUGCGAAAAGCAUCCGCGGGAGUCGGACUGGGACGAGAACUGCCUCGGAGAUCGACUGAAUGGGAUUUUAUUACAGCUCAUCUCAUGCUUACAGUGCAGAAGGUGCCCGCAUUACUUUUUGCCCAACUUAGACCUUUUUCAGGGCAAGCCUCAUUCGGCCCUGGAGAACGCAGCCAAACAGACUUGGCGAUUGGCGAGAGAGAUUCUUACCAACCCCAAAAGCCUAGAAAAACUCUGAGGUGAAAAAUAGUGAUAUUAAUAAAGAUCGUUGCAAAUGCGAGAAAACGCCUCUCGAGCUAACCAGUGUUCAGAGGCCUAAAGGAUGGCGCUCUUAACGUAGGACGACACAAACAAAAAUAAGCACUACUGUUUGAUCCAUGUUUUGUAAAACGUAUACGAAAUAGCCUACGGAUUGUGAUUUACUAAAGAAUUUCAGAUGGCCUAUUAUGUAAAAAAAUGCCAUCGCUGCAAUUUGGGAGCAAUAUAUACCACCAGUCAAAACAACUAAAAUGGUAACUAUAAUUUUCAGUUCCUGGUAUCAGUAAUACACGUAUUUGGUAAUUAGAAUUAAAAUAAAUUCCGCGAAAGCCUUGGCAGAAUCUAACUGUACAUUUUUAUACUGUAUAAACGUACAUUAAUAGAUUGUGUUUCAAGUGGUCUGAAAUUGUGAAUGUUGUUUUGUGACACGUAAAUAGAAGUUCAUCUGUUUAUGGAAACCCAGACUUUUUCUGGUAGAAAAGAAAUCAACCUAAAGUAGAUCACAUCAAUAUUUUGCUUUGUCUAUUGUCAAUGGGAAGUGAGUCAUCUUCAAAAAGUUUACAUUCUGACGGUACUCUUUGUUCAUUUUUAAAACUUUCCAUAAAUAUACUUGAAUUCUAAUUUUACAUAUAUUCGAACAUUUUUGUUCUGAUUCUGCUUAUCAUUAAUGCCUGGAAAUAUAUAUAUAUAUAUAUUUGAGAAAAAUGCACUUGAGAUACACUGGAUAUAACAUUUUGUGACUUGAUUUUUUUUCCUGUUCCUGAAUUUAUUUAAAAAGCUAAUAAAAAUUCAAGCAUUAUUUGUGUCCCAAA